AUGCGACCCUCGACCUCCCUGCAUCUCACCGCCAGCGCAUCGCUACGAUCAACUGGCCGGAAACAGCCCUCGCCGACUCCGCUCCUUCACCACCACCAUCUUCACCGCCAACAAAAUCAGCGGCAGGCCCACCAGCUGCGACCCCGGAUAUCGCACCCGAUCACGCCCCUCGCGCACGCCACGACUCUGCAUCACCAUCGCAGCAAGUCGACCCACUACCCACCGCCGCCCCACCCCGCGGGCCCUUCCAAGCGCCACACCGUCCUCCCCAAGCCCACCCAGCCAACCUCUUCCCUCCCGCACGAGGAGCGAGUCGCGGCCAACCGACAACGAGGCCCGCCCCAGCCCCCUCGACGACCCGGCCCGCCCCGCCUGGUCCGCUACGAGGACCACGUAAACCAGCCAGAGAGGUCCAGCCCGCUCUCGCUCUACCCUCGCAGCUUUGCCCACCCUUCCUACCCGGAUCCGGCCUCGUACCGCGCCCACCUCUCGUCCAGGCGCGCCCCCGCCAGCCUGUUUGGCCUGUUCCCAUCGGCCACCUCGACCGCCGCCAGCCUGACGCUGCCCCCGACCACGAGCGUGUUCGCCAAGCAGCCGCCGCCCACAUCGCAGUCUGGCAACGCCGCCGCCGCUGCUGCUGCUACAUCUCACGCCGUCGAGCCAUACCAGCCCGCUGCAUCGACGCCGGCCAAGCUCGAUUCCACCAUGUCCUCGUCGACCGCGGUGCCCGCCAAUGAGGGCGAGCUUCGCCAGCGCAAGGGAGCCGCCGCCGAAGAAGACGCCGGCGCCGCUCACCACGACCACGGCCAUGGUGACCACGACCACAAGCACAGCCUCUUUGGCCACUCGCACCACCACGGCCACGACCACGGCAGCGCCGAGGAGGCCGACCAGCUCAUAGCCGCGCUCAAGGGCAAGGGCGACCGCGGCAGCAACAUCACGCUGCUCGGCCUCGCCUCCAACGUUGGCCUUUGCGGCGCAAAGGGUGUGGCGGGCGUCUACCUCAACAGCGCCGCGCUGCUGGCCGACGCGGCCCACUCGCUGUCGGACAUGUUUGCCGACCUGGUGACACUCUUCUGCUGGAAGAUGUCGCAGAAGCCGCCCUCGGCGUCGCACCCGCUGGGCUACGGCAAGUACGAGACGAUGGGCUCGCUCGGCGUCAGCCUGGUCCUCGUCGCCGGCGCCGUGGGCAUCGGCUUCCACUCGUACGGCCUGCUGCUCGAGGCGCUCCAGCCGACGCUGCAGCACGCGCCCGCCGCCAUCCAGGCGUUUGGCUCGUUUACCGGCUCGAUUGCCCACGCCGGCAGCCACGUCGGCCACAGCCACGACACGGCCGCCGCGGCGGGCGGCGAGGGCGGCCUGCUGGACCCCAACGCCAUGUGGUUUGCGCUGGCCAGCGUGCUGAUCAAGGAGUGGCUCUACCACGCCACGCUCAAGAUUGCAAAGGAGGAAAACAGCAGCGUGCUCGAGGCCAACGCGCUCCACCACCGGUCCGACAGCUUGUCGUCGGCCGUCACCUUUCUCGCCAUUGGCGGCAGCUGGCUCGGCUUCCCCGUCCUCGACCCGCUCGGCGGCCUGCUCGUCGCGGGCCUGAUUGGCAAGCAGGGCGCCGACCUCCUCAUCGGCGCGCUGGGCGAGCUGUCGGACCGCGGCGUCGAGCCCGAGGUGCUGCAGCGCUUUGACCGCGCCAUUGCCGCCGUGCAGCGCGACGAGUUCCCGCAGCUGCUCCGCGGCUGGAGGGACCUGCGCGCCGUAAAGAGCGGCGUGUCCACCUUUGCCGACGUCACCCUCGAGCUGCCCGGCCAGACGUCGCUCGAGACGGCCGGAGAGGUCGAGGUGCGCGUCCGCGACGCCAUCGUCAAGGCCGUCAAGGGGGUCAAGGAGGUCCGUGUGCGCCUAGAUGUCGUAGACGAGCAGGCUUGA